AUGUUCCUGAAGCUGCUGCGGGUCCUCCACGUGCAAGUUCCCCACAUUGACCCCUCUCUCUUCAUAGAGCGUUUCGCGCUGCAGCUGAACUUGGGCAGCAAAACGCAAACUGUCGCUCACACCGCAGUCAGGCUCGUGCAGGCAAUGAAGAGGGACUGGAUUGCUACAGGGAGGAGACCCAUGGGCCUUUGUGGGGCUGCGCUGCUGAUUGCUGCUCGCUACCACGACAUACAGAUUGACGCAGAAGACGUGGCAGUCGCUGUGCGAAUCUCCUGCCCCACACUUUCCAAAAGGCUGUAUGAGUUUAGGCGGACUGCUGUGGCGCAGCUGCCAGCAGCAGCUUUGGGGGAGACGGAUUUGCUGCAGCUGCCGGCGCUGCCGCUGCCCCCCUGCCGCCUCACCAAGAAGAGGCAGCAGCAGCAGCAGCAGCAGCAGCAGCAGCUGCAGGACGGCAAGAAGACACUUAGUCUCGAAGACGGGCCUGUGGCAGCAGCAGCAGAUUCUGCAGCAGCAGCAGGUCCCGCAGCAGAAGCAGCAGCAGACCCUGCAGUAGCUGGGGAACCCGCAGCAGAAGCAGCAAAUGGAGACCAUCGGGGGCCCUCUGCUGCUGCUGCUGCUGCUGCAAAUGAGGGCGCAGGGGCCCCAGGGGGCCCCCAAGCUGCUGCAGCAGCAGAAGGCGAGGGGCAAAAAGAAGCAGCAGGCGAUGAGCAGCAGCGGGUGUGCAGCAGCAGCGAUGCCUUGUGCAAUGAGCAACCCUCCUCGGGCGACAUUUUGUCUGUGGCGGGUUGGAUCGUGGAGACCAUUAGUGCCUCUCCUGCUGCAGCAGCAGACGCAGCAGCUGGCGCAGCAGCACCCGCAGCAGGAGACGCAGCAGCAGCAGCAACGACAGGGACCCCCGCAGCAGAGAGCACAGACGGCAGACCUGCAGCAGGACACGCAGAGACAGGCGCAGCAGCAGCAGCAGCAGCAGCAGAACCAGACGGGGAGGAAGCACUGCAAGCAGCAGAAGGCGGAGACCCUCUAGCAGACCUCCUCAGAUCCGUUAGGGCUAGAGCUGAUGAGUUGCUGCUGCCCACAGAGACACAAGGCCUGCCGACAGCAGCUAGCAGCGGUGAGGGGCGGGCGGGGGCCUGUGGACCAGCAGCAGCAGCAGCAGCAGCAGCAGCAGAAGCAGCAGCAGCAGCAGGGGAAGCAGCAGAAGGGCUGGAAGAGGAAGACCCGGAGGAGUCAGAAGAUGGGCUCGAAGACAUGCUGCUGAAUGAGCACGAGAGAGAGGCAAAGGCCCUCAUUUGGUAA